CUUUCUUCCUCGAAAUAUUGUCCAUUACACCAGCUGUGUUUUAUCUCUUUCCCACAUCGGGUGAAGGUCCCAGAAUGUUCUAGACGUUUUAAUGUAUAUAUUUUGGCGCGACGGCAGCGCUGCGUUUCAUUCAUUUGUGAAGUUGCUGAUGUGAAGUGUUGAAUUGUGUUGUGUGUGUUAUUUUAAUAAUUUCGCUUUUUUCUACUGACUGGAUUACUUAUAGAAGGUUCUAUUGCAAGAUUCAAAAUGGGCAAAGACUAUUACAAAAUAUUAGGUCUAUCAAAAGGUGCGUCUGAUGACGACAUAAAAAAGGCAUACAGAAAGUUGGCACUAAAAUACCAUCCGGAUAAGAACAAGGCUCCCGGUGCCGAGGAGAGAUUUAAGGAGGUCGCAGAAGCGUAUGAAGUGCUCUCUGAUAAGAAGAAAAGGGAGAUCUACGAUGCGCAUGGUGAGGAGGGCCUGAAGGGUGGAAUGGGCAGCCACAACGGUCCAGGAGGCGGCCAGUCCUUCUCAUACACAUUCCAUGGAGACCCGAGGGCGACAUUCGCACAGUUCUUCGGCUCUGCGAGUCCGUUCCAAGCGUUCUUCGAUCUGAACGGCGGCGGUGGCGGCACGACGAUGUUCUUCGACCGCGACAUGGACGUAGAUAUGGAUCCGUUCGCGAACAUGGGCAUGGGACAGGCGCGACCAGGCGGCCCCGGCGGCGCAUUCCGAAGCCACAGUUUCAACUUCCAUGGCUCGCCAAGCAGGAAGGAGAAGACGCAAGACCCGCCCAUCGAACACGAUCUAUACGUGUCGCUCGAAGACAUCGCGCGCGGAUGCGUUAAGAAAAUGAAGAUCUCUCGCCGCGUCAUUCAACCCGACGGCACUUCGAAAAAGGAGGACAAAGUGCUGACGAUACACGUGAAGCCCGGCUGGAAGGCGGGCACGAAGAUAACGUUCCAGAAGGAGGGCGACCAGGGCCGCAACAAGAUCCCCGCGGACAUCGUGUUCAUCAUCCGGGACAAGUCGCACCCCCUGUUCAAACGAGAAGGCAGCGACGUCAGAUACACGGCAAAGAUAUCGCUCAAACAGGCACUCUGCGGAACCAUCAUUGAAGUACCAACCAUGUCUGGGGAGAAGUUAACAGUAAAUCUUCAAGGUGAAGUGGUGAAGCCCCACACAGUGAAGCGAUUCCCAGGGUAUGGCCUCCCAUUCCCUAAGGAACCCACAAGGAAAGGUGACUUACUUGUUGCCUUUGACAUCAAGUUCCCAGACCGUCUGUCAUCAGGAGUUAAGGAAAUACUUAUGGACACAUUACCCAACUAGAAUUAAUAGUGAAUAUCUCAUUGGACCAGAUUUAAGUAUAUAAUGAUGAUGGUUCUGACUACCUUGGCUAGAAAAGCGAAUGAACAGAAGUUGACCUGAACAGUGCCGAUGGGAACUUCAGCAUGUUGUGCCUGUUUGACAGAGGAGUAAAUGAUUUAAAAGUUUGGACAUGUCAGAACGCCAGUUUUAUAUGCUCAAACCUAGUGAUGGGACAUUUCUACCCGAUCAUGUAGGAACUUUACUCAUGUUGCUGCCUAAGUAUUAGCUGUGUUAUUACAACCGAGUGAAUGUUGGACUUAUAAUUUUGUGGUCUUCGUGCGUUCUAGUACGGCGGACUCGUGCGAGUGUUGUGUGAUUAAUUUAAUUUAAUUAAGUUGUACAUAUUUUUUACCACAUGUAAAUAAUGGCUCGGCAGCAAUUGUAAGUUUUAAGUUUUACGAAACUUGGAAUUGACAAUUGCGCGUGUGAUGCCGACGAAAUGGUGUUUCGAUAAUGUGUGCAGGCGCAUUGUUGGGAUUCUGUUUCGCCGGUUUAGGACGUAGUGACAGUGAAAGUGGCCGGCUUAUCACUUAUAAUUGCUGUUAAAUGACUAAUAAACAAACAUACAAUUAGCUA